GCCCUACCCAAGUACCUAACUAGGGGCCUGUCAAGCCACCUGUCAAGGCACGUAUCAACAGCCUGGGCCUCGGCACAGGUCUUCUAAAUCGCUGGCUUCAUCCCCUACCGCUAUCGAAUCUCAUUCAUUGUGAUACAUACACGUAGAUUCUCCUCCGGUUUACCCAGUAUCAGCAAAGCAUAUUCCUCUCAUAUGCCAACAUGGCGUCAUCAAAGCAUUUGAAAAAUAGAACGCGGCAAGACUACACUUUUAUGCUGGAAUACAGAACGCGAUGGAGCGAUAAUGACAUGUAUGACCACAUGAACAACGGCGUCUAUAAUUAUCUCUUCGACUCUGUGAUUAACUCGUACCUGAUGGAUCAUUGUGGACUGCACCCACCCACCUCGGCCCAGCACCCGCUCAUGGCGCACACUCAUUGCGACUACUUCUCCGCCAUGAGCUACCCCAGGGUGGCUGAAUUGUGCUUACGAGUCAACAAGCUUAGCAAAUCUAGUGUCGUCUACGAAGUGGCACUGUUCGAGAAGCAUGUGGAGCAAGUCAAGGCUGUGGGCGAAUUUGUUCACGUGUUCGUCGACCGUGCCACUCAGCGCCCAAAUGCCAAUGGGAUGAAUGACCAGCUUCGGAACGGUCUGAAGAAACUACUCGUAGCUGAGUCUCGGAGCAAAUUGUAGCUGCCGCUCCCGAGUGGCUAGCUCCUUCGAGGGACAUCUUAGUCUAU